AUGGACUGCUUUAUUGGCGCAGCCACAGGCGCGUUCAAAGCGGUAAAUCUUCGUGAAAAUUGUUUUUCCAAUUUGAAUGAAGUCAAAUCGUUAAAUCCGAAAAGCGAUGAAGUCACGUCUAUGAUUUGGAACAAUGAUGAACAGACUGAGGUUCUUAUUUCAAAAAUAAGUAGAAGGUUGCAAAUUUUCAACUUGGACGACUCUACUUUUCAAGAUUUGUUUGUCCUCGAAGGAGGAUCCGGACCAGUGAAAGGAUUAGUUAGAAAAAGCAAUUUAUUGUUUUCCUGCGUAGAAAGUGGAGAAGUGCGCUGUUGGAAUGCGGAAAACAAAAUUCUUCACGAAUGGAAUGCUGGUCCGAACGUGAGAAAAAUGCGCGGAAACGCAGAUAGUGAAGAAAUUGUGACGGGUGGCGAAAAAAACCUUGUAAAGCUUUGGGAUAUGAAUACUGGAAAACUAAAAUGGAAUGCAAAGAAUGUUCGACCAGAUAUGCUUGGCCUAGAAGUCCCAACUUUGUGCACAGAUCUGAGAUUUGCAGAAAAUUUCAUCCUGGAAGCAACAAAAUUGCACGAGAUGCGUGUCUAUGAUCCAAGAUCGCAACGAAGACCAAUCAAUCGAAUUCAAUUCAUGGAAAAUCCGAUAAUGGCGACGUCAUUGUGCUACAAAAAGAAUUACGCAAUCGCAGCAAAUUCAAUUGGAGAAAUCGGGUUAUUCGAUUUACGGAGUCACAGACAUCCGGUUUGUAAGUUCAAGGGUCAAUGCGGUUCCAUCAGAAGCAUUGACGCCCAUCCAACAGAGCCAUUAUUCGCUUCCGUCGGUAUUGAUCGAUUUGUUCGAGUUCAUAAUAUUGACAAUAGGAAAUUAAUACAUAAAAUUUACUGUAAAACUCGGCUCAAUGUAGUGCUCAUUCGAAAUGAUUUGACCAUUCUCAACAAUGCAGUUAAGAAAGAAGAAAAAAAUGAAGAUGAGGGUGAAUAUGGUAAUAUGACGUCUGGAGGAUACGUUGAGGAAGAUUCGGAGAAUGACGAAGACUGCUGGGACGAAAUUGAAGGUGUAGCCAAAGAUGGAGAAAGCGAAGAAAGCGAAUUCGAAUCGGAACCUGAGGCCAAGGAACCCAAAACGAAUAUUAAAAAACGAAAAAACACUGCCGCAAAACCUAAGGGCUCCAAGAAAAUUCGGAAAACUGAAAAAGCCUAA